UAUGAUACAGUUUGAUAGCUGUACGAUGCAGUUCAAUAUCGGUUCGAUAUCUGUAUGAUGCAGUUUGAUAAUGUCUGAUAUAGAUGUAUGAAAUGGUUUGGAAUAUGUUUAAUGAUUUUUAUUUCGAACGAGAUGUUAACUGAGACGUUAACCAAGACAGCAUUAUAAAGCUUUGAAAUGAGAAUGCGUGCAGAUAAAAAAAUUCCACAAAGCUGACACGGCUUUUUCAAAUUCAUCUCUCAAGUGAGAGUAACGCACAUCUUUAGUCUACUGCUUCUCGACGGUGCAGACAGAUCGUACAAACUUGUGAACAAAACUUGUGAACAAAACUUGUGAAAAUGCAGAGCAUCCGCAUUGAAUAUCCUGUCACUGGCGUAAGUGAUAGUGCAAGUUUAUGACAGGUGAAGUGUAAAAAAUUAAAUAAUAAUAAUUAUUUUGUUUUUAGUAUGUAUGCGUUGAUGGGAUGCCGGUUCGACGGGUCGUUAUAAACAACGAGGUACGCGUGGAGGUACCACUUCCAGGUCCUCCAAUCAACAUCCCUUUAGGAGGGUUAUUGUCGGUGCGCGAGUCAAUAACUAAUCAACCAUGGAUCUACCGAGAGGAUAUCAGAAUACCCGGUUUUAUCAAUAUUAACAGGAAAUUUUGGACGCAUUGGAGAAGGGAUUUAUUAAGAGCGCAGAACGACGAUGUAUUAGAACGUUCGUGCGGCCUAUUUGGCGAAGCCGACGUGUGGGACCUGCGCCGUCUAUUCAGCAUGCGUCCUUUAAUAGACGAAAAUCAUGAAGUUUGGAUAUAAAUACAUAAAUAUAUGAAUAUAUGAAUAUAUAAAUGAUUAAUUUUGGAUAUAAUUAUAUAAAUAUAUAAAUAUAAAGUUAUAUAAAUAUAUAAUAUGCGUUCUCUUUCUCACUCCCUUCCCUCGCUUUCAGUUGCACUCAUCCCACCCAUUAAAUACAAUAUUCUCACUCUCUACACUCAUCGCACGCUCUCGCUCACACAUACCGCAUGCUACACAUCGCAUACUAUUCAUCACGUUCUCUCCUUCCCACCCGUUAUAUCCAUAUUCCCGCAUGCUCUCUCACUUACACUCAUCACAUGUUCUCACUCAUACACAUCGCAUACUAUCCAUCACGUUCUCUCGCUCCCACCCAUAACGUAGUACAUUCUCGUUCGCUUGGCAGCGGCGGCGGCGGCGGCGGCGGCGGCGGUCGCGGACCCCGAUUCCCCCUCUCCCGCUCCGGGUCGCGGACCCGAAAAUACCGCGUCAGCAAUUUCCGCACCGCGAGAUCCUCCUCCCCGCGUGACGUCAUACCCCCGCGCCUACCGGUACCCCCCGCACACCCCUCUCCCGCUCCCGGGUCGCGGACCCGAAAAUACCGCGUCAGCAAUUUCCGCACCGCGAGAUCCUCCUCCCCGCGUGACGUCAUACCCCCGCGCCUACCGGUACCCCCCGCACACCCGCACCCCCCUCGGAGCCCCGUAGUUAGAACUGUCAUAGU